UUUGUCUUUCUUCUUUGACAAUUUAAGUUACCAAACAAGAAAAUUAUAAAUUGCAUUCAAACUGUUUUAAAGGAUAUUUUUUGGAAGGAAAACGGCUGCUCUUCUGAAAUUGAUUUGCUUACUAGCAAUUUUUAAUGUAGCUAUGGCUUGGCGAUCUGUGGGAACCAAUAACGCCGAUCUCAUAAGACAAUUGAGAGAUUAUGGCGUAAUUGCAUCGGAGGCUGUUGCCCAGGCCAUGAUUGGAACAGAUCGCAAGUUUUAUUCUCCUCGUAAUCCCUAUAUGGACGCACCUCAAGGUAUUGGUCACGGCGUAACUAUUUCCGCACCACAUAUGCAUGCGUUUGCAUUGGAAUACUUACGUGACCAUAUGAAACCUGGAGUACGUGUUCUCGAUGUGGGUUCUGGCUCUGGCUACUUAACAGCAUGCUUUUGGCGUUACAUUAAGGCUCAAGGCGAUCAUGAUAAUACUCGUAUUGUGGGCAUUGAACAUCAGCCCGAGUUAGUUAAAUUAAGUAUAUCAAAUCUUAAUAACGAUGAUGAAGCCAUGUUAAAAUCUGGAAAAUUGAUUAUUGUUGAGGGUGAUGGUCGAAAGGGUUCUCCAGAACAUGCACCAUUUAACGCAAUUCAUGUGGGAGCCGCUGCACCUGAAACUCCUACUGCUUUGUUGGAACAAUUAGCAAAAGGAGGCCGCCUCAUAGUGCCCGUUGGUCCCGAAGGUGGUGAACAAUACAUGAUGCAGUACGACAAAGACGAAAAUGGUAAAAUACACAAUACUCGCCUAAUGGGCGUUAUGUAUGUUCCCCUUACUGAUUUAAAACGAUCCUGACUUGUUCAGGCAUUCAAGUUUUUCAUCGUAUUAUUUUUGUCUGGAGUUGUGGUAUACCGAUUUUGGAUUUGGCUAAGUUAAACUUGGCAAUCGCAAUGGAAUAAUUAAUAAAUAAAUAUAUUUUAGUAAUAGUUUUGUCCUUUCCCUUUUAACCAUUUUUUGUGAAUAAAUUUUCGAAAAUAAUAUUGAACUCA